AUGACGGAAGACGAAGAGGACUGGGAGGACUACGUCAAAGGCGGGUACCACCCCGUGCACAUCGGCGACAAGUUCUCGGACGGACGAUACACCGUCGUGCGCAAGCUCGGAUGGGGACAUUUCUCGACCGUAUGGCUCGCUCGUGACGAAAAGAUGAACCGGCAUGUCGCGCUCAAGGUCGUCAAGUCCGCACCACGCUAUACAGAAACCGCGUUGGACGAGAUCAAGCUCUUACAGCGCUUGAUACAGUCCAAUCAACCGCCCGUCGCUCCUACACCCGAAAACCCGAACCCUGAGAAAUCGCCAUCCCAAACUCACCCUGGUAGGAGUCACGUCAUCAGCUUCCUUGACCACUUCCGGCACAAAGGCCCGAAUGGAACCCACGUAUGCAUGGUGUUCGAAGUUUUGGGCGAGAACCUGCUGGGCCUAAUCAAGAGACAUCAGAACAAGGGCGUACCAAAACACCUGGUGAAGCAGAUCGCGAAACAGGUGCUUCUCGGUCUCGACUACAUGCACAGAUGUUGCGGCGUCAUCCACACAGAUUUGAAGCCGGAAAACGUCCUUAUCUGUAUCGAGGACGUCGAGAGCAUCAUCUCGUCCGAAAUGGCAGCCGGAUCGCUCUCAGCUGCGCCACCGCCGACGAAACUCGUCGGUGUACCACCGAGCAAGGGUCGCGGAGGCAACCAGACGCCUCGUUCGGAGUCGGUCUACAUCACGGGCUCGCAGCCGCUGCCCUCUCCCUCGUCCUCGUUCGGCAGUGGACCCAGCUCCGUUCGUCUCAUGCUGGACCGCUGGGCGUUCGGGAUGUCCAAGAUCGACAGCUCGGACACGACGAAGACGGUCAAGUCGUCGACGAGCGCGAGCAGCACGAGCGAGGUCGUGGCCGGCAAGCGCCCGGAGUCGAAGGACUCGGCGGAGGACGCGACGAAGGCGAUCUCGAGCGUGAGUCUGGACGGGAAGAAGGCGGUGGUGCCUGUCAAGCCCACGGCGGGGCCGUCGUUGUUGUCGCGGCAGGCGCCGCCGGCUAAUGCGAGGGAGGAGCCGAGGGCGGACGAGAGCGAUCGGAUGCACGAGCAGUUGGCGCAUGGGCCGAGGGAACGGGAGAGGGAGAGGGCGCCUGCAGGCGAGGGCGAUCGGAUCACGGUCAAGAUCGCUGAUCUGGGGAACGCGACGUGGGUGGAGCACCACUUUACCGACGAUAUUCAGACGCGGCAAUAUCGAUGCCCGGAGGUCAUCCUUGGCGCGAAGUGGGGCCCGAGCGCCGAUAUAUGGAGCGUGGCCUGCUUGUUGUUCGAGCUCCUGACAGGAGGCGACUACCUCUUCGACCCAGCAUCCGGCUCGCGUUACUCGAAGGACGACGACCACAUCGCGCAGAUCAUGGAGCUCAUGGGCGAAUUUCCCAAGAGCGUCGCGUUCGCCGGCAAAUACAGCCACGAGUUCUUCAACCGGAAAGGCGAGUUGUCCAUCCCGGCGUGGUCGUUCGGCACGCGCGUUCCUAACUUCCCGCUAGGCGAGUUGCGGCACAUACAGAAGCUGCGGUAUUGGCCGCUCGACGCGGUGUUGCACGACAAGUACCUCUUCUCGCGCGAGGAGGCGGACACGAUCGCGUCGUUCCUGAACCCGAUGCUGCGCCUCCACCCGGACAAGCGCGCGCCGGCGGCCGAGCUCGUGCACCACCACUGGCUCGACGGCGUCGUCGUCCAGGGCGAGAUCGACGUGAUAAGGCGCGCGGAGGAGGAGGAGAAGGCACGCAAGGCGGGCGAGCGCGCGGCGGCGAGCCGCGAUGCGGACGCGAUGAAACCCGUCGGUGACGUUCCGGCCGAGCAGCAGCAGCAGGCAUCGGCCGUGCCGAAGCUUUCUGUGCCGCAUCCGGGAGGGGUGGGGACGGGGACGACGCAGACGGCGAACGCGAAGGAGAACGUCGUGCCGCCGAAGACGCACACGAGCGCGAGCACAGGUACGGCGCAUGAAGUUAGGAUGAACCCGCCGUUCCCACCAACGAUUACUCCGGCAGCGUCGCCUGCGGUCACCCCUGCCGCCUCAUGA